AUGAUUAUAUUUCCAGCAACAACUCCAUUAUGGUUACAACGAAUGUAUCUUGUUAUACGUCAUCAACAAACAAAUGUUCAACAUUUAUUAGUUAAAUUAAAUAAUAUUUUCAAAAAAAAAUCAGAAAUUAUUUUAACAUAUUUAGAAAAAUAUUCAAAAGAUAUUAAAUCAAAGUUAAGCUAUUGUAUUUUGUCAAACAAGGGUGUGGAACUUGUUAAAGUAUCAGCCAAUGGUGAUACAAGAAGAAUAGAAGAAUUAAUUAAACGAACUAAUGUUGAUGUAAAUGGUAUUUUUGCUGGACAUACACCAUUACAAGCAGCAGCUCAAAAUGGACAUUUAGACAUUAUUCGUUUACUUAUUCAACAUGAUGUUAAUUUAGAAAUUGAAGAUAAAGAUGGUGAUCGAGCUGUACAUCAUGCUGCAUUUGGUGAUGAAGCUGAAGUAUUAGAAUUACUUGCAAAAUCAAGUGUUGAUUUAAAUGCUCGAAAUAAAAGACGACAAACAGCAUUACAUAUUGGUGUUUGUAAAGGUCAUUUUGAUGUAUGUAAAACUCUUUUAUCAAAUGGUGCUCAUCCUGGAAUACAAGAUUCAGAUGGUGAUACACCAUUACAUGAUGCUAUAUCAAAAAGACGUGAUGAUUUAAUUAUUAUUUUACUUGAAUAUAAUGCUGAUGUAGCUACAUGUAAUAACAAUGGUUUCAAUUCAAUUCAUCAUGCUGCUUUACGUGGCAAUUCAUCGUAA